AUGGCUUAUCUGGUGACUUACACUCUCUUCACUCUCUAUUUCAUCUUAUUCUCAUAUUUUUGCACGAUCACUUGUGGAGUUUUCUAUGAGGAAGUAACUGAAGGCAUAGCUAUUAAGCGCACAGAAAAAACCACACACCUGCAUUUCUACUUUCAUGACAUUGUUAGUGGCGAAAAUGCAACAGCUGUGAGAAUUGCCGGCCCGCGGGAUGGUUCUACCUUUGGCAACACAAUGAUGGCGGAUGAUUCAUUGACAGAAGGGUCUGAACUUUCUUCAAAGCUUGUUGGAAAAGCUCAGGGACUUUAUGCCUUCGCCGCGCAAAAUGACUUCUCUUUGCUAAUGGUUUUGAAUUUCGCAUUUACAGAAGGUGAAUAUAACGGAAGUAGUAUUAGCAUUCUUGGAAGGAACCAAAUCUUGAAUGAUGUUAGGGAAAUGCCAAUUGUUGGAGGUAGUGGGCUAUUUAGGCUUGCUCGUGGCUAUGCAUUGGCACAUACAGUUUGGUUUAACAAGCAAGGCGAUGCUACUGUUGAAUAUAAUGCGGAGGUAAGAGUGGAGGAAAGCAGCGUCUCCUCAGGGAAAGGUUCUACAUCUUCACCAUAA